AUGGUUCAACAUAAACUUAUUGACACAAGUAUCAGCAAUGCAUAUCAUUUGUCAAUAUUGACGAUGUUGAAAGAAACAUCUUUUGAUCUCUGGCACUUAACUGAGUUGAUAAAUAAUAGAUUCGCAUAUGAAAUGUUGUUGUCGGUAGUAACAAAACUUGCCGUGUUUGUGAUUGACAUCUAUUGGGUUUACAUCAGGAUAUUGCAUGCAGUCUUCAACUAUCAUUUUAUUCGUAUAAUCUCUUGUCUAUAUCAUUAUGUAGCAGCGUCAUUACUCUGUGUACAUCCUUUAGUCUCCUUAAUUGGAAUUUUCUACUCUUGCAAUAAAGCUGUGAAUGAAUAUAAAAACAUUUCUUUCGCUCUCCAUCAAACUUCAACUUACAACAUUAAAAGCGAUUUUCACUUUAAAAAAGUGCAGAAAUUUUCACUUCAAUUAAUGUCGUUGAAAUUGCAAUUCACUGUGAAAGGUUUUUUUGAAGUCACAAACAGAACGCUUCAAGAGAAAAGGUUUUGA